AUGUUAGAAGGUGCAAAAUCAAUAGGUGCCGGAGCUGCUACAAUUGCUUCAGCCGGAGCUGCUGUCGGUAUUGGAAACGUCCUCAGUUCCUCGAUUCAUUCCGUGGCGCGAAAUCCAUCAUUGGCUAAACAAUCAUUUGGUUAUGCCAUUUUGGGCUUUGCUCUCACCGAAGCUAUUGCAUCGUUUGCCCCAAUGAUGGCGUCUCUGAUCUCAUUCGUAUUCCGAUCGCAAAAAGGAAGAAAAACCAAGUAA